ACAAAGAGAGUCUUGAGUGUUUACGAAUAUUCUUUGUGUACAAUCGAUAGGUGGUCGUAAAAACCUACCUGUUUGUUAUAUAUUUGCACAGUUUUGGGUGCCGUUUGAAGAAUCUGCAAGAUCUGCAACAAACAAUCUAACUGAAAACGUAGUUGGAGAAAUUGAAGUUUAUCAUCAAUAAUUGAUUCUACCAAUUGAAGCAACAUUAUUUCAUUACGUUUACCGGCAUUUUAGAACAAAUUCGUAAUCGAACUUGAAAUUGUUUGGAAUUGGAUUGUGGAUUGGAGGAAAAGAAAUCGCAAUAUUAUGGUUGAAAUUGAUAUCGACAAACCGUUAUGGAAUUUGAAUACAUUCAGCGGCCGUUUCAUGCACUUUUUAUGGGUCACUGAUCCUAGAACAUGUUUUACGUCGGAAAAGGAACUGCUGGAGGCGAAAGAAAUGGUUUCAAAAGCGAGACAAAACAAACGGAUAGAUAAUGUUUCAAUUGACGAAAUUCAUCGUGCCAAAAAACUGUACGAAAGCGCGUUUCAUCCUGAUAGUGGAGAAUUACAGAACAUAUUUGGAAGAAUGAGCUUUCAAAUGCCUGGAGGUAUGGCAAUUACUGGAGCUAUGCUGCAAUGGUACAGGACCAACCCAGCGGUAAUCUUCUGGCAAUGGGUUAAUCAAUCGUUCAACGCUCUGGUUAAUUAUACGAAUAGGAAUGCUAAUUCAUCUUUGACAACAACACAAUUAGCUGUAUCAUAUGUCACAGCUACCAGUUCGGCGCUUGUUGCUGCAGUUGGUUACAAAGGCUAUUUAACUAGAACAGCAAGUCCAUUUUUUCAGCGUUAUGUACCAUUUGUGGCUGUUGCUGUAGCGAAUUGCAUUAACAUACCACUUAUGCGACAAAACGAACUAUUAUUUGGAAUUGAAAUUCAGGAUGAAACCGGAAACUCUGUUGGGUAUAGUAGAGUCGCUGCCGCAAAAGGAAUAUCACAGGUCGUAUUUUCCAGAAUUGCCAUGUGCGCCCCAGGAAUGUUAAUAUUACCAAUUAUCAUGGAAUCUUUAGAAAAACAUCGUUUGUUCAAGCAAUUUUCAUUCCUUCAUGCUCCAUUUCAAGUUAUGGUGGUAGGAUGCUUCCUAACAUUUAUGGUUCCGAUUGCCUGUGCUUUGUUCCCACAAACUGCCGCAAUCAACACCAGUUUGAUGAAAAUAUUAGAACCUGAAUUUUAUGCAAAAAUGGAGAACAAUGGUUACGUUCCUGCCAGAGUAUACUUCAACAAAGGUCUAUAGGUACAAAUUGGCAACCUAACGUUAAAUAAAUAGUAAAAUGUUACGCUAAACGGAAACAUUCUAUUCAAGAA